AUGGCGACCGUGUGGGACGAGGCUGAGCAAGAUGGAAUCGGGGAAGAGGUGCUCAAGAUGUCCACAGAAGAGAUUAUCCAGCGCACACGGCUGCUGGACAGUGAAAUCAAGAUUAUGAAGAGCGAAGUGUUACGAGUUACCCACGAGCUCCAAGCCAUGAAGGACAAGAUCAAAGAGAACAGUGAGAAGAUCAAAGUGAACAAGACCCUGCCCUACCUGGUCUCCAACGUCAUCGAGCUUUUGGACGUGGACCCCAAUGACCAAGAGGAGGAUGGCGCCAACAUUGACCUGGACUCACAGAGGAAGGGCAAGUGUGCCGUGAUCAAAACCUCCACACGGCAGACCUACUUCCUGCCUGUGAUUGGGUUGGUGGAUGCUGAGAAACUGAAGCCUGGAGACUUGGUGGGUGUGAACAAAGACUCCUAUUUGAUCCUGGAGACUCUGCCCACAGAGUACGACUCGCGGGUGAAGGCCAUGGAGGUGGACGAGCGGCCCACAGAGCAGUACAGUGACAUCGGGGGCCUGGACAAGCAGAUUCAGGAGCUGGUGGAGGCCAUUGUCCUGCCCAUGAACCACAAGGAGAAGUUUGAGAACUUGGGGAUCCAGCCUCCAAAGGGGGUGCUGAUGUACGGGCCCCCAGGUACGGGGAAGACUCUGCUGGCCCGGGCCUGUGCUGCACAGACCAAGGCCACCUUCCUGAAGCUGGCCGGCCCUCAGCUGGUGCAGAUGUUCAUCGGGGAUGGUGCCAAGCUGGUCCGGGAUGCCUUUGCCCUCGCCAAGGAGAAAGCUCCAUCCAUCAUCUUUAUUGAUGAGCUGGAUGCCAUCGGCACCAAGCGCUUUGACAGCGAGAAGGCCGGGGACCGGGAGGUGCAGAGGACGAUGCUGGAGCUUCUGAACCAGCUGGACGGGUUUCAGCCCAAUACCCAGGUCAAGGUAAUCGCGGCCACCAACAGGGUGGACAUCCUGGACCCUGCCCUGCUCCGCUCUGGCCGCCUGGACCGGAAGAUUGAGUUCCCGAUGCCCAACGAGGAGGCCCGGGCCAGAAUCAUGCAGAUCCACUCCCGAAAGAUGAAUGUCAGUCCUGAUGUGAACUACGAGGAGCUGGCCCGCUGUACGGAUGACUUCAAUGGCGCCCAGUGCAAGGCCGUGUGUGUGGAGGCGGGCAUGAUCGCACUCCGCAGGGGUGCCACGGAGCUCACCCACGAGGACUACAUGGAGGGCAUCCUGGAGGUGCAGGCCAAGAAGAAAGCCAACUUGCAGUACUAUGCCUAG